AUGGAACCUCACAUGGAACCUCACAUGGAAUCUCACACAGAGACCUCACACAGAGACCUCACACAGAGACCUCACACAGAGACCUCACACAGAGACCUCACAUGGAACCUCACAGGAGACCUCACAUGGAACCUCACACAGAGACCUCACACGGAGACCUCACACGGAGACCUCACACGGAGACCUCACACGGAACCUCAUAUGGAACCUCACACAGAGACCUCACACGGAACCUCACAUGGAACCUCACACGAGACCUCACAUGGAACCUCACACGGAGACCUCACACGGAGACCUCACACAGAGACCUUACACGGAACCUCACACAGAGACCUCACACAGAGACCUCACACAGAGACCUUACCCAGAACUCACACAGAGACCUCACACAGAGACCUUACAUGGAACCUCACACAGAGACCUCACACGGAGACCUCACACGGAGACCUCACACGGAGACCUCACACGGAGACCUCACAUGGAGACCUCACAUGGAGACCUCACACGGAGACCUUACAUGGAACGUCACACAGAGACCUCACAUAG